UGAUGUUAACCAGGAUUAUCGACCAUCCCGAACCCCAGCGGUCUAAUUAAUCCUGAUCUUCUCCUCCUCUCCUCUUUCCCCUGUGUGUGCUGAUGGAUAGUCCGAUCACAGAGAAGGAAUCCGAUCUGGUGUGUGGUGAGCUUUAAUUCGGUGCACAAUAGACGGACUUCGGGAGGCUGUUCGGCGGCUCGGUUUCUCCGGAGCGCACCUCCGCUGUCCCGCGCUCUUCUUGGACAUUACCGCGUCCCUCCCGGAGCCACGGAGCUGGAUUACUAGCUGGAACUUCUUCUGUAGUAAUCGCACUCGUUUUUUUUUGCUUUGUUUCUCCUCCUGUGUGGAUUGUAAAAGAAGAAGAGGAGGCGCAAACAAAGUGCUCGCUGUGCGUCUGUUCGGGGGGAGAACAUGGAUGUAAGAUUUUAUCCGUCCUCCGGCGGGACGACGAUUCCUGGAGAGAGUCAGAACCUGGAUUUCUCCCACUGCUCUGGCUAUUAUAAUUACAACAAGUUUGGGAACAACAAUAACUACAUGAACAUGGCGGAUGUGAACGGCUCUCUGCUGGCUGGAGGAGAUACGUUCCACACGCCCAGCCUGGGCGACGAGGAGUUCGAGAUCCCUCCCAUCACUCCUCCCCCGGAGACGGAGUCCGGCCUCGGCCUCCACGAAGGGGGCCCUCAGUACCCCAGGCUCCCCGAGCACGCCAACCUCCAGCGGGGUCCCUUCAUCCCUCAGUUCCCCCCUCAGAGCCUGGAUCUGCCCUCCAUAACCAUCUCCAGGAACAUGAUGGACCUGGAAGCAGCGGGCAUCAACAACGGACUCCCUGUGGGCGUGUCUCAGUCUCAGCUGCGUCAAUACCCGCCGAACCCCGCCAUGGUCAUGCGCUCAAUCAUCAACAUGAACCACCCCAAUGCUAUGAUGCCCCUCAACCAACUGACCACCAUCAACCAAUCGCAGCUGAACGCCCAACUGGGUCUCAACAUGACGGGGCCGCAUGUCGCCCACACCUCGCCCUCUCCACCGGCCAGCAAGUCGGCCACGCCCUCGCCCUCCAGCUCUAUAAACGACGACGAUCAGGACGACGGAUUUAAAAUCGGUGAGAAGCGGCCGGCCCCAGAUAGCGGCAAGAAGCCCAAGACGCCCAAAAAGAAGAAGAAGAAAGACCCGAACGAGCCGCAGAAACCCGUGUCUGCCUACGCCCUCUUCUUCCGCGACACCCAGGCGGCCAUCAAGGGCCAAAACCCCAACGCCACGUUCGGGGAGGUCUCCAAGAUCGUAGCCUCCAUGUGGGACGGUCUGGGAGAGGAGCAGAAACAGGUUUACAAAAGCAAAACAGAGGCAGCGAAGAAGGAGUACCUGAAAGCUCUGGCUGCUUACCGUGCCAGCCUGGUGUCCAAGGCUGCGGCGGAGUCGGCCGAGGCUCAGACCAUCCGAUCAGUGCAGCAGACUCUGGCCUCCACCAGCCUCUCUCCCGGUCUGGCUUUACCACCUCCACUGUCCUCCCCGCUCUCCCAGCACCCCUCCAUGCCGUCCGCCUCCCAGGCCCUGCAGCAAGCUCUUCCACGAGCCAUCGCCCCCAAACCCCUACAGAUGCGUGCCGGGAACAGCCACCUGGUAACCUCGGCCGCCGUGUCACACCAAAACAUGGGCCCCGGUGGUGUCCCGGCCUCACAGAUGAUGGGCCAGAUGCCGGCGUCAGCGUCGCAGAUGAGCCCGCCCAUGCACGCGGCCAUGCAGCACUCGCAGCAGACGCAUCUGCAGCACCAUCAGAUGCAACGGCAGCAGCUGCACCACCAGCAGAUUCAGCAGCAGAUGCAGCACCAGCAUUUCCAGCAUCACCUGCAACAGCAGCUCCAGCAGCACCACAUGCAACAGCAGCAGCAGCAGCAGCAGCAGCAAAUGCAACAACAACAGCAGCAGCAGCAGCAAAUGCAGCAUCAGCAGCAGAUGCAAAUGCAGCACAUGCACAUGCAACAGAUGCACCCGAUGCACCAGCAGCAGGCGCAUUCGCCCGUGCAGCACUCGCCCGGCACGCCACAUUCGGCGCCCAUCGGGAGUCCGCACCCGCCGCCGCCCGCGCAGAUUCAAGUCCUCUCGCAAGUCAGCAUCUACUGAAACCUACUGCACCCUGCGUUCUCUGCCAACCCGGAGAAAGGAAGAAAUAAAAAAGCACCGUUUCAGUGUGCUUUCUCUUAAAGUUGCACUUAAGAAGUGUGUGAGAAUGUUAAGAAUGGUUUACGAAGAACUGUCCUUUGUUUUAGAUGGAUACACGGACGUUUUUUAAACUAGAGAAGGAGCAGAGCGGUGUUGUCUAAAGUUUGUCUAUAAAAUAGGCAGAACUAUGAACUUACACAGUGCCUGGCUGAUCAUUCUGUGUGCUCAAUAUGUUUUAAUCUGUUUCUGGGCACAUCAGUGGCAGAGGGAGGGUUGAAAUACCCACAGCCGAUUCUGAAAUGUUUUAAAGAGCAAAGCUUUAUUCACAAGGCCAAUGCUUGUGGUUUAGAACUUGGCAACGUCACAAAACUAAAUGGAUAAACUUUGGAUUCCGUCUUAAUGGAGACGACGUUGGAGCGUCGUGGAGCUGUGAAGGGAGACCCGAACCUGCUUACAUUAAUGCUACCUACAUUAACGUUUAAAACCCUUGUAUACGAGAUUCUGAAGCCGGAGUCUGUGGUACCUCCAGAAAGAUCAUAAACAUGAAGAAUGUACAUUUGUUUGUUGAAGAAAAGAACGCUGAGCAUGGCACCGGAGUGGUUUCUGGUUCAAGACUCCAGAUCCGUAAGAUCCUGCUGCACAUGAGCUGAGGAGACGUCCGAGUUUUAACGUUCCGCAAAAAAACCCCUCAAACGUGUGUAUAAAUAGCACUCCAAAAUGUACUUGUCUUUACCUCAGAACUUUAACUUAUGUUUCUGUUAAGUUCGUAUUCAUUUUGUGUAAUGAAACUGCUUAUUUUAAGGCUAUUUUAAGAGGAAAUUGUAAAAGUUACGAACUCAUGCCAGUGUUCUAACGAUUCAUGUAUUUUUUUCUUUACUAAAUAUGUAAAUGCAAAUGUAGACAAGGACUAAAACAAGGACAUGAAAAAUUAAAAAAUUAUGAACGUAUUUUUGCCAGUUGUAAAAUACUAGGAAAAACAAAGAAGGUGUACAUUUUUCAUAAGACCUGUUGAAGUUUUAAUAAGUUUAAUAAGGCUUUAAAUUCAGAAGUUGAUAAGCUGACCUGUGGAUUUUUAACAUCACGUUGUGCAUUUCCGCUUUAUUGUUUUGUUUUUCUUUCGUUUUUUACUUUGUGUGCCUGUAGCAGAAGUUAAUUUGUUUGUAUUGUUUGCUUACGGAUCGAAUCGUUGGUCCAUAAAUUAAACCAUGAGUAGGAAUUAAUUUAAAACAGCGUUGUGUUUGCUUACACAGAAGAAGAACUGCAGAGAACAGACAUUCCAUCAUUAAUAUGAUAACUAGCCAUACUUUUGUAUAAAGUAUUACAAUUCUGUGUGUUUAAAAUUAAAACAACAAUCACAAAU